UUCUCACGUCCUCUGCUGCUGUACGUUGCCGGGCCUACAAAAGCGUGAUGACGUCAAACGUCUGCCCUUUCCUCACGUAUAGUCAGCGAGAAUGAAGACCAUUCUCAGCAGUCAGGCUGUUGAUGUUCCUGAGAAGGUGGAUAUCACCUUGAAGGGCCGCACAGUAACUGUAAAGGGGCCCAGAGGAACACUACGGAAAAACUUCAACCACAUCAAUGUAGAACUUUGCUUACUCGGCAAGAAGAAUAAGAAACUCCGCGUUGACAAAUGGUGGGGUAAUAGAAAGGAGCUGGCAACAGUGCGAACCAUCUGCAGCCAUGUACAGAACAUGAUCAAGGGCGUUACACUUGGAUUCCGUUACAAAAUGAGGUCCGUAUACGCUCACUUUCCCAUUAACGUGGUUAUCCAAGAGACUGGUUCUCUGGUUGAAAUCCGUAACUUCUUGGGUGAGAAGUACAUCCGUAGAGUUCGCAUGAGAUCAGGUGUGAGUUGCGCUGUUUCCCAAGCUCAGAAGGAUGAGCUGAUUCUUGAAGGCAAUGACAUUGAGCUUGUAUCAAACUCAGCUGCCUUGAUUCAGCAAGCCACUACAGUUAAAAACAAGGAUAUCAGAAAGUUCUUGGAUGGUAUCUAUGUCUCUGAAAAGGGAACAGUCCAGCAGCCAGAAUAAGGUUUCACAUUCUGAAUUCCCGUUUCCAUCAAUAAAGCCCUUUAUAAAAAUA